GUUCGUCGUUCGAAAUCUUUCAGAGAGCGACAUUUUUGGACUUUUUUUUUUUUUUUUCUUUUUGCGAUUUUUCUUUUUUCGUGUCCGUUUCGUCCUCUUUACCGUAAUCGGAAGGAGAAGAAGCCUAGCAAUUCUUGGGUGCGGAUCCGACGAAGAAAGCUCGAUUCCCUGCCCCGCCAUUAAUGGGUGUUGUUGUACUGAUUGGGAAGGUCUCGUCCGGAUCCUCUAUCUCCGUUGCGGCUCCACUUGCUCGCUCACUGGAUUUCGCCAAUGGUUCGAGUGAGACUGACGCUUGAAAAAUGAGAAGCGGAGGAACUCGUGAAGGCCUUAAUAGAUGAAGCGAGCUUGCAAUUCCCUUUUUUGGGGCUGAAUUGGAGAUUGGUCGAUGUCGUCGAUUUGUAAUUAGGGGAAAACUGGCACCUUGAGUCCGAAUUGAUGAAGAGGAAGCGCAUUUCUGAUCGAUGUAUGGGGGGAAGUAGAAGCCAUGGUGCGGUUUCAGUUCCCCGGCUCUUCUUCUAAUCCGCUGACUAGGAGACUUACUAUUGAGAACUGAGAGACGGAAGGGGUUGAAGGUGACAAGACAACGAUAAAGAAAUUGGUAGGCCAAGAUGAACAGUGAGAUGAUCCAGAAAGGAAACCAUUAGUUAAUCACCGCAUAUCUCGUAAAAGUACAGGUAUUCGAUUCAGUUGUUGCUUCGAUUGUGGAGGGCUGUCUCGAAUAUCUCCUCGCGAUCAAUGCAUUGCACUUGACCAAAAGAGUUCUCUUCUUGGCUGCUCGGCUGUGAUCCUCUAAGAGCAGUCGAUGAUCAAUUUGUGGUUGAAGAAGUUUGAGAAUGGAGUGUAAACCGUCAAGCUGCCUCUUUUUCAUUUUUUUCAUAGGAAUAAGAAGAGUAGAGGAAUAAAAACCAAGUCUUUUUUUACCUCUUCGUACAAACUGGAGCAAAAACAAGAUAGGGAGAGGCGUGAUUGUCUAUUGGCCUCUGGUCUGAUGGGUUUAGAGAUGGCACUGGGAGCUGGAAAGAGGUGGUGGCGGAACCAAAACGUGAUCAUGGCGACAUGGAUGAUGCUCACAGUUGGAAUUUGCAUAAGUUUUCAUUGUCAUAUGAGAACAGAAAACAUGAGAAAGGCAGAGGAGAUGCUAACGAGCAUGUGCGAAGAGAGGGCAAGGAUGCUGAUGGAGCAGUUUGCUGUGAGUGUCAACCAAGUGCAUGCUCUGGCGAUUCUUGUUUCAACAUUUCAUUACCAGAAAGAGCCAUCAGCACUUGAUCAGGAGACGUUUGCAGAGUACACAACAAGGACAGCUUUUGAGCGGCGAUUUUUGAAUGGAGUAACCUAUGCACGACAAGUAAUACAUGCAGACCGAGAAUUGUUUGAGAAUCAACAGGGUUGGACAAUCAAGACUAUGGAACUGAAACCAUCUCUGAUUCAAGAUGAGCAUGCAGCUGUAAUAUACCCUCAGGAAACUGUUUCACAUAUAGAGACCCUUGACAUGAUGUCUAGAGAGGAGUACCGCGGAAAUAUCUUAAGGGCUAGAGCCACAGGCAAAGCGGUUCUUACCAGACCCUUCAGACUUUUGAAGUCUAACCAUCUGGGAGUGGUUUUAACGUUUCCUGUAUAUUUCUCAGAUCUUCCAGCCGACACAACAGCUGAAGAACGUGUGAAGGCAACUUCAGGGUAUAUUGGAGGAGCUUUUGAUGUCGAAUCUCUCGUGGAAAAUUUGUUGCACCAACUUGCUGGUAGUCAGGAAAUUGUCGUGAAUAUAUACGACAUCACAAAUUCAUGCGAGCCCCUAGUAUUGUAUGGAGUUCAUCCUCCUGAUGGCCACAUGUCAUCAUUACACAUCAGUCUGCUCGAUUUUGGAGAUCCAUUUAGGAAGCAUCAAAUGAACUGCAGGUACCGCAAGAUGCCUCCAGUUUCCUUAUUGUCCAUCACUACACCAACUGGCAUUUUUGUGAUCUUUAUGCUGGUGGGGUACAUAGGUUAUGCUGCUUGGAGCCACUAUGACAAUGUUAAUGAAGAUUUUCAGAAAAUGGAAGAGCUUAAAAGUAAAGCAGAGGCAGCAGAUGUUGCUAAAUCUCAGUUCCUUGCCACGGUCAUGCAUGAAAUCAGAACACCUAUGAAUGGAGUCCUCGGAAUGCUUAAUAUGCUUUUAGAUACAGAACUGAAUAUAACUCAGAAAGAUUGUGCACAAACUGCUCAAAUCUGUGGAAGAGCACUGAUUGCAAUAAUAAAUGAAGUACUUGAUUGUGCAAAGAUCAAAGAAGGAAAGUUGGAGAUUGAGUUCGUUCCAUUUGACCUAAGAUCUGUAUUAGAUGAUGUCGUAUCUCUAUUUUCUGUAAAAUCAAGAGAAAAAGGAAUUGAGCUUGCCGUCUAUGUAUCUGAUCGGGUUCCUACUAUUCUUGUGGGAGAUCCCAGGAGAUUUAAGCAAAUAGUCACCAAUCUUAUUGGAAAUUCGGUCAAAUUCACAAAGCGAGGUCACAUUUUUGUCCAAGUUCACUUGGUUGAGGAUGUGAAAAUUUUGGAUACAGAAAGGGAAAAUGGCUUAAAUGGAUAUGCUAAUGAAGCAAACAUUACGUCAGUUAAUGCUGUGUUCAAUACAUUAAGUGGUCUAGAAGUUGUUAAUUCUAGAAAUACAAAAUGUUUAGGACUGCAACUCUGUGAUGGUGAAUCCCUGUCCGGCACAAUUGAGAAAGGAUCAGCUCCUGAAUGUGUGACGGAUCAAGUAAAUUUAAUGGUCAGCGUUGAGGAUACAGGGGUUGGAAUCCCUACAUGUGCCCAAGAUCGAGUUUUCACACCAUUUAUGCAGGCCAACAGCUCGACUUCUAGGAAUUACGGUGGAACUGGUAUUGGCUUGUGCAUUAGCAAGUGUCUCGUUGAAUUGAUGAGCGGGAACAUAAACUUCAGCAGCAAACCUCAUGUCGGAAGCACAUUCACCUUCACCGUGGUUUUUCAGAGACAACACAGAGGUGUGGGUGCUGAUAGCGAGAGGUCUCUUUCAGAAGUUUUACCAACAUGUUUUAGAGGGAUGAGAGUAAUUGUAGUCGACCGGCAGCCUGUUAGAUCUACCAUAACCAAAUACCAUCUUCAAAGGUUGAGCAUGAUCACCGAAGAUGCUCGUACAAUAAAUGAGGCACUUUAUCGCUACUUGAUAUCUAGUCAUCGUGGAAAGUUGCCUUGUAUCUUGUUCAUUGAGAAAGAUUCAUGGGAUCCCAAAGUCAAUAUUCAUAUUCAGAAUGAUCUUUUGAAAUGGAAACAAGCUAUUAGCGUGCAUGAUUUACCCAAGGUGGUUCUUCUAUCGACUAUUGAAUCUGAUAAAACAAGAGCUUGGCCUCAUGUGGAUACUGUAAUAGUGAAGCCGUUGCGAGCAAGCACCAUGGCAACAUGCUUUCAACAAAUGCUAGGGAUUGGGAGGGUCAAAAAUAAAGAUACACUUAAUAGUUCAAGUUUCCUCCAUGGCUUGUUGGACGGGAAGAAUAUACUGAUCGUUGACGAUAACAAGGUAAAUCUGAGAGUUGCUGCAGCAGCACUAGAAAAAUAUGGUGCUAAGGUUGAGUGCGUUGAAAGCGGUAAAAGUGCACUUUCCUUGCUCCAACCUCCCCACAAAUUUCAUGCAUGCUUCAUGGAUAUCCAAAUGCCAGAGAUGGACGGGUUUCAAGCGACGCAGGAAAUACGCAGGAUGGAGAGCAGUGUGGCAAGUGAAGAAGCUCAUAUUGAAGGACCAAUCGAGGUAAAAUGGCGCAUUCCAAUCCUUGCAAUGACUGCUGAUGUUAUCCAAGUAACAUAUGAACAAUGUGUGAAAUGCGACAUGGAUGGGUACGUCUCCAAGCCAUUCGAGGAAGCCCAGCUUUGUAAUGUGGUCGCCAAAUUUUUGGCUUCCCAACCCAUUCCAGAAAUGUUCAUAUGUACAAUUCCAUGAAGAUUUCAAAGCUCAAGUGAGGAGCAAGAUUUUGAUCCCUGAGCUGUCUUACAAGAACAUUGAACCAAUUAAUCAAUGAAAGAUAGCAUUCAAGUAUGAGGCAUCACUCUUUUGUGGACAUAAGGUCAUUGUGAUAGCAAUAAUUUUUUUUUUACUACUUUUUUUUGUUGAUCUGAGAAUGUUUUCUCCUAUAUCAAAUGACAUCUACCUCUAGAGUUUAUUAUUGUUCAA